AGAGCCUUCACACUCGAAUUCCUAUCAACCUGUACCGUUCAAUGUCAAAGACACCAUGGGCUCUCGGCCUCCUGAUAUUUUUGCUCACUUUCACAUCGCCACUGUCUUCUUCUCCGGUCCGCUCCACUGACAAUUCAACCUCAUCAAAAGGAUUAUUAAAUGUCAACUCUUCUGUGAUAUUGGAACCUUCAAUUCUGCCAAGUUCAGCCUCAAAACCGGAAUCACUUCAUUUAUCAAAAGUUCGAGUUUCGGGACUUCGCCUCGAAGCUCACGCCUCUUCUACUGAAAACAUUGUUCUCGGACACAAUAAAAAACACAAUGUCGUCGUUGUCCCAAAUAAGAAUGUUCGAGUUGUUCUGUUCGGCCAAAAUUUUCAAGACAUCGGAGCUCUCACUUUCACAGCAGACGGGUCUUGUAAAGAUUUGGCACAUUUCUUUGAAGCCGAUUUUUCUUCUAUGACACCCAUUCGUGUCGUUGUUGAGAUGAGCUUUCCAAAAACCACUGAAUCAAAGGACAGUUUCAAACUCUGCGUGUCAGAAAAGUUUUAUGCCAACCCUCAGUUUGUUAUAGUAGAAGAUCCGUUCACAAUGGUCACCACUGAAAUUCCGCCCGUUGAUGAGUAUAUGCCAAAAUGGCUUUCGUGGAUCUGUUUAUUAAUCCUUCUGUGCUUCUCUGGUUUGUUCUCCGGUCUCAAUCUUGGAUUGAUGACUCUGUCUCCGUAUGAGCUUCAGCUUUACAUCGCAAGUGGUACUGAACAAGAAAAAAGGGACGCUGGAAGAAUUCUACCAAUUCGCAAAAAAGGAAAUCAACUGUUGUGCACAUUAUUGAUUGGUAACGUAGUUGUAAACGUCGGCGUUUCGCUUUUGAUGGACCAAUUAGUGGGCAGCGGGUUUGCUGUACUUGUUGCGGCGACAUCUUGUAUUGUCGUGUUUGGAGAAAUCAUUCCACAAGCAUUAUGUGUGAAGCUAGGACUCCCGAUUGGUGCAAGAACAAUUCCAAUCACACAAGUUCUCCUUUUCCUGAUGUAUCCUCUGACGUGGCCAAUAUCUAAGGUCCUCGAUAUCUUCUUGAAAGAAGAGCUAACACGCUCGUUGGAGCGGAACAAGCUUGUCGAAAUGCUCAAGUUAUCCGAGAAGAGCAUCAUUGGAGGGCAAUCUGACGAAUUUAAAAUGGUAUUGGGUGCACUCGAGCUUUACGACAAAACCGUCGCCCACGCGAUGACCCGUUACGAGGACAUUUUUAUGUUGCCCCAUACGUUGACACUUGGCGCUGGAAUGGUGACACAGAUUUUAGAUAUGGGUUAUACGCGUAUUCCGAUUUACGAAAGUAAGACAUUUGGGGGUGAAUCGUUGAAUGAUGACCGUAAGAACAUUGUCGCACUUCUGUUUGUAAAAGAUCUCGCAUUGCUCGAUCCUGACGAUAAUCACAAUGUCAUGAAAAUCGCCUCAAUUUACAACCAUGAAGUUCGUCGUGUGUUGGUAGACAUGCCACUCCGAAAUAUGUUGGAAGAAUUUAAACGGGGCGAAUAUCACAUGGCGCUGGUCGAGCGACUCGUCGAGCAAGAAGAUAAAGACCCGAUUUACGAGCUCUGUGGACUGAUUACCCUCGAGGACAUCAUUGAGGAAAUCAUUCAGUGCGAAAUCAUUGAUGAAACUGAUGCAGUGUGCGAUAAUGUGCACAGGAAAAAACGGCAGAGGAAGAGGAAUCAUGACAUGAGUCAAAUAGUGAACACUGCUCAUGCAAAAUGUGCAAUUAACAUUCAAAUGCUCGCUGUGACAAUUCAAGUGAUGAGCACAUGCCACAAAAUUUUCAGUUCAAACUACAUUUUGCCAACGAUUCUCGAGAAAUUAAUCCGGAAAAACUGCAAGAAGGUCGAGACCACUCAGUUCUCAUGUCUGAAAGAAGUCGGCGUCGUUCAGCCUAAGCCGGCCGUGCUCUUCACAAAAGGAGAGUUCAGCAACAAGUUCAUCAUGAUUUUGAGUGGGCGCGCUGUUGUGACAAUUGGAAAAGAGGAAAUGAGGCUCGAGGCGGGCGCGUGGCAUAGUUUUGGAACGGAGGUCCUCGAUGCAAUGGCUGAAGCAAUCGAGAGAUCUCUGAAUCAGUCAACAAGUCGUUCGACUGUUUCUCUUAAUACUGAAAUUACGAACAAUUCAAUCGGUUUCAUUCCGGACUUCGAUACCGUCAUCCUUUACGAAUGUGUUUUCUGUGAAAUCACUGCUGCAGAUCUCCUCCUCGCCUACAAUUCUUCUCAGAUAAUGCAAAAUAACACAAAGAUGCAAGUUGUCCGCUCCAACUCUAGAAUUAGCUUGAUCGAAGAAAUUCCAAAGGAUGCUGUAUCCACUCCAAUCCGCAACGGAAGUGUCAAGCUUAGAACUGUAAGUGAAGGCGAGACGGUCCACUUGCUGCCAAAAAAUAUGGAGUGUCAUUUCAACAAACAAGAAAAGUACGAAGAAGAAGAAGAAUAAAUAAAAAUUACCUCUCAUUUGCAUCAGUUAUCAAUAAUUAUCAACAAAUCACUUCCCUUCUUCCAUUCCGGUUUAUAGGUUUACGGUUUUAUUCUCAAUUCGCCUUAAAAAGGUCAAUACAUAAUAAUCGCUCCAGGUGCGAUAACUUUUCCUCCAUUCUUUCUCUGAUACAAUUUCUAUUAUUUUUCAAUUUUUUCCAAAAUUUCCCGACCUUAUCUCAAAGUGAACUUCCAAUAUUUCCCUAGACUAAGUUUGACGGAAUUUCAUUUUCUUUGUGUUAUGCACCUUUUUGAGUACGGGCCAAUUUCUGGUGUUUUCUGUGACAACUUCCUUACGUUCCGGUUAUUAUCAAAUGCAACCCUCUCUUGUUUUAUUUCCAUUCUUCACUUAUAUACGCUCUGUGAAUUUAGGUUUUAUGAAGUUAUUACAUCAAAUUCUUUAUAAACAUAAUGUACAUAUUCCACACGGCAGGUGCCAGUAAUGAACUUCAAAUUAUUCU